UUAAUUGAAACAUUUAAAAGAACAACAACAAAAACAAACGCGUGCGUUCUGGUAACGAAAACUUCAGAUUUUGUUGGCGAAAAAUUGUUGUGUUUAUUAUAAUAUAGAAAUUAUAUAGAAUUUGUUUUUUUUUGCACGAAAGUCGCGAGCUUACGAAACUCGUUAAAAAAAAAAGAAAAGGAAAAGCCAUCACAAAAUAUAUAAUUAUAAUAAUAAAAUAAUCAACGUAAAAAGGACACACAGGACACCCACCCCCCAAACCAAAAAGAUAAUAAAAAUGGCUUCCGAACUGGAUCAAUUUGCCGAUUUGGAAUUAUCGAAGGAAGAUCGUGAACAAAUCUUCGAUCCGCCAUUGGAUCGACAGCAAUUGGAAGGUGCUGGCACCUCAAGUGUUACGACAUCAAAAAUCUUAAUAAGCGGCAUACCGCUGCAAACACGUUUCGAAGACAUCGAACCGCUACUGAAGCCCUAUGGCAUCGUCAAACAAUGUGAGGCUAUUUCUAUUAAGGAUCAAAAUACUCAAACAGUACAUAUAACAUUCGAAAAUCCUGAGCAGGCGCAAAGAGCUGCUGGUGGUCUAAACGGCGUCGAAUUUGAGGGCAGCAAACUGCAUGCCGAGCAACUGGAUAAGAAUCAACGUCGCAGUCAACGCAAUCAGCGUAAUCCGUAUCCGGGAAUGCCUGGUCCUGGCCGUCAAGCGGACUUUCCGCUACGAAUUCUAGUGCAGAGCGAAAUGGUUGGCGCCAUCAUUGGACGUCAAGGUAGUACUAUACGAACCAUAACACAACAGAGCCGGGCUCGUGUCGAUGUCCAUCGAAAGGAGAAUGUCGGCUCAUUAGAGAAAUCGAUAACGAUCUAUGGUAAUCCGGAGAAUUGCACCAAUGCAUGCAAACGUAUCCUUGAAGUGAUGCAGCAGGAGGCUAAUUCAACGAAUAAAGGCGAGAUUUGCCUGAAAAUACUCGCUCACAAUAAUCUUAUUGGACGCAUCAUUGGUAAGAGCGGCAAUACGAUUAAACGCAUUAUGCAGGACACCGAUACGAAGAUCACGGUCAGUUCGAUAAACGACAUUAACAGCUUCAAUUUGGAGCGUAUCAUAACGGUCAAGGGAUUGAUUGAGAACAUGUCGCGUGCGGAGAAUCAAAUUAGCACCAAACUGCGACAAAGCUAUGAGAACGAUCUUCAGGCAAUGGCUCCACAGAGCCUCAUGUUCCCCGGCCUCCAUCCCAUGGCAAUGAUGUCUACACCGGGCAAUGGCAUGGUCUUUAAUACAAGCAUGCCGUUCCCCUCGUGUCAGGGCUUUGCCAUGUCUAAGACGCCGGCGAACGUUGUGCCGCCAGUGUUUCCCAACGAUAUGCAAGAGACGACAUAUCUCUAUAUACCCAAUAACGCUGUCGGCGCCAUUAUUGGCACCAAGGGCUCGCACAUACGCAGCAUAAUGCGCUUCUCGAAUGCAUCCCUAAAGAUUGCGCCCAUAGACGCCGACAAGCCGCUGGACCAACAAACGGAGCGUAAGGUGACGAUUGUUGGCACACCGGAGGGUCAGUGGAAGGCGCAGUAUAUGAUAUUCGAGAAGAUGCGUGAGGAGGGCUUCAUGUGCGGUACAGAUGAUGUACGCCUAACAAUUGAAUUGCUGGUUGCCAGCUCUCAGGUGGGUCGCAUCAUUGGCAAAGGUGGUCAGAAUGUACGCGAACUGCAGAGGGUAACGGGCAGUGUCAUAAAACUACCAGAGCAUGCACUAGCACCACCAUCUGGAGGUGACGAGGAGACGCCCGUGCACAUCAUUGGGCCGUUCUACAGUGUACAAUCCGCACAGCGUCGCAUUCGCGCCAUGAUGCUAUCCACGAAUCCGCCGCCAGUGACCAAAAAACAAAAAGCUGCCAAAGAACAACAAUUGCAACAGCAACAGAGCUUAGCCGGUGCCGGAGCUGCGCCUAGUGGGACUCAACAGCAGCAGCAGCAGCAUCAGCAGCAACAAUCGCCGUCACAGCAGCAGCAGCCGCUGCCGCCGCAAUCGCACCAUCAAUCCACGUCGGCGUCGUCGUCGUCGGCGCCGCCUGCGCAUCAUCAGCAGCAGGCGUCGUCGGCAGCGACCUCGCAUCAAUUGCAGCAGCAGCAGCAACAGCAGCAGCAGGCGUCGCCACCGCCGGGCAAUGCCGCGGCGGGCGUCACUCAACAGCAGCAACAGCAGCAGCAGCUGGCAAGCUCGCAGCAGUAAAAAUCAUCAUAUAAUGGGAAUUAAGGAUGAGAAGAGAAAGAGGAGAGUUAUAAGCAGCAGAAAGCAGAGCUAUAAGAGAAAAGUAAUAGUAGCAACAACAACAACAACAGCAACAAUAAUAUUAACAGCAACAUCAACCAACAACAAAAACUAUUGUAAUAACCAGGCGUACCCCACCAUCAUCAUCUAUCAGCAGCGCAAAGAUUUUUGCUCCAAACAGAAUCAAAAAAUAUGAAACCACCACCAUCUAUCUCCCCCCUCCCACCUCCCGUGCUGGCCACAGGCGUUAAGCGAUGAUAUGUCCCAUUUAAAAGCCAAAUGAGUAAGCGUCAACAACAACAACAACAACAACAAGAACAACUGCAACAGCAAUAAAACUUAUGGAAAGAGAAAGGAUGUUCGUUCUAUAGAUCAGAAAAGAAACAAAAACUAUAUAGAACACACAGAACCAUAUAUACAGAUAUAUAAAAUGUUGUAUAACAGUUGCUGUUGCAGGGAUACAACAAUGAUUCAUCAUAGAUUCAUAUGCAUGCAAAAUAAACCGUUAAAUUCCAUUGUUACAAAAAAAA